GCCACGACGCCUCGCGGCAGUGACGCCAUCACGCAGAGCACGCCGGAGCGCGCAGGUCGUGUAUGAAAAGGAGCAGUUACUGGCCGCUCAGCCGUUCUUCAUCGCUCGCUGCAGUUGAUUCGCCACACACAGGUGAGCCGCCCUCCCCGCACAUCGCCUCUGAGGAGGAUCACCGCCAUAGUGCCGGCCAUGCCCGGUAUCGCCACCGCGUGUGGGCCCCAGCCGUUACUCAGAGCGGCCCAGCCAGGUCUGCCCGGGCCACCAUUUAUUAAGUUUUUUUUUUUUUUGUUAGUUUUUUUUUUUUUGUUAUUCCUCUCACCGUGUCGGUCGGUCGGGCCGCGAGCCGGGAUAUCGCCGAUAUCUGGUACCCACCGCCGAGCGAUCUUAAUCCCUCGCUGCCGUGCGGCGUGUCAGGCUAGGCCGCAGCCGCCAUUUUGUGUAAUGUUACCCCGGGCCCAGUCCGUGUGGGAGCUCCCUGGGGCCCCCGUCUGUCCGUGUGGGAGCUCCCUGGGCGGCCUGGAGCCCUCGGUCCUGGUAACGGCAGCAGAGAGGUUACCAUGGAUUCCGUUGGCGGCUGGGGAGGCUGGCUUGGCCUACUCGGCCGUAAAGCAGCACCGCCUGCGCCAUGUGCCUCCCAUAGUGAGCCGGUUACCUCGUGUUGGGAGCCCGGUUACCGGGAGACCCUGCUCGCGGACCGCUCGUGUUGGGAGCCCGGUUACCGGGAUGCUGUGCGGUUGUGGUGUUGGAUGCCGUGUGUGGAUGUUCAUGAUGGGGCGGUUACAGCUCCCAAUCAGAACACUCGUCUCGUGUCUGUAGCGAGGUCGGACAGGUUUGAUUCCCGCUGAUGUAGAUCAGUCAUCAGGUUGUCAGACAAGGGCAAAUUUGACUGGCUACAUUUCAAACAGAUCGUCUGAACGCAGAAACUUGUGAUAUAGUCAGUUUUCAGGAAGAAACACGUUGCUUCUUUCUGUAAAAGUACUUUAUCGUGUCCUAACUUCGAGAGAACGUCGCUUAAUUUUCACUGUGUUUAACACGUGAGCAUUACAAUUGAGUACGUUAUGCUUUUUUUGCAUGUCAUCCGAGGAUAUAGUUUGUCCAAACUCUUAACUAUUGCAUAUGAUCUUAAGUACAUUGUGUUGUGGGUUAUCUUAGCUUUAUUUUUAUUUUAUGUUCGACCUAUUAGAAGUAAAUUUUGGAUGUUAAGGAACAUCAACCAACAUAAGACUUAAGAUUCUUAUGUAGAGUAUUACCAAUACGUUUAGUUUGUAGUUACAUUUUUCCUUUUUAAAACGAUUACAAUUCUUGUCUAUUAAAGGGAAAAAAAGUAUGAGCUGCAGAUAUAAUUAUCCACAGUACUUCUAGAUGUGUUACACUUGUAACUUCAUUGAGUUUUCCUCACUGGCUUGGAUCAUACUCUGAGGCUAGGUUGAGUUUGUUAGUUCCCCCUGGUGCAACAUGUUACAUGUGCUUUUAUUCUUGGAGGGUUUGUGUUCUAGAACUCUGCAGUAUCUUCUUGGCAACUAGUACAAAAAGCAGACGGUGAUCCAUAUAAAGUGCAUCUAUGAUUUACUUGCAUUUAAAGUCCACCUUCCUUCUCCUUAACACUCCCAAAUAUAGUGGUGCAUUGUAUCUACCAGGCUUUUGUCUAGAAGUGUUUAAAAUGUGAGUGCCAUAGCUAGUUUAUAAAUGUUUGUCUCUCCUUUUGACUAAUGAACCUUAAUUGUUUUCAGGACUGUAGGAAAUAAUGUCAGACGAAUACAUUGUAAGAGUUCGUGGCCUGCCAUGGUCUUGCACACGUGAAGAAGUGCUAGAGUUCUUUUCAGGUGAGAAAUUCCAAGUUUCAACCUGUUAUUGGAUGUCACUGUGCAUUCUACUAUCCAAUAUUUUAUUUAAAAUAUUUUACCAUGGAGUAUACUUUGAGAUUUCUCUAGUUUUCAAGUAUGUUCAAUAUUUGUAUUUUUUGUUUUUGCGAUCGAUGUGUGUAUAUUUCUAUCAAAAUUAGACUUACACUUUUUUUUUUUUUUUUUUUUGGUCCGUAUAUUUUCAAUUCAAACUUCAAAUAGGCACUGCACGUAUCACAAAUCCCACUAAUAUAUCUUGGUGUGAACAAUAGAGAAUCUAGAGUCGUGUUUUUUUUGUUUUUUUUUUGUGCAUAUGAAAUGUAGACUUUAAUUGCAUUUAUUUUUUGUUUAGACUGCGCCAUACUUGAUGGAAUUAGUGGUAUUCACUUCACCACAUCCAAAGAAGGACGUCCAAGUGGGGAGGCUUUCAUUCUUCUGGAAACAGACGACGAUCUUAAGAAGGCUUUGGAGAAAGACCGUAAAUAUAUGGGACACAGAUACAUUGAAGGUAAUCCUAGGUGUCUCCAGGUGUUAAAAUGGCAUUUUCACAAUGUGUUUUACUUUGUGAAAAUUGUUUUGGUCUCGUUCUGUCUUAAAUAAUAUAAACUACCUUUCUUCCAGUGUUCAAGUCAAAUAACACAGAAAUGGAAUGGGUUUUGAAACACAAUAGCACUGGAGAUGUUGACACGGCCACUGAUGGAACAGUGCGGCUACGAGGGCUACCUUUUGGGUGCAGCAAAGAGGAGAUUGUACAGUUUUUCUCAGGUAUAUUGAGUAACAUAAUUAUUCUGCUUGUACCAGAAGCUUUUGUAGCAUACAUGCCAGUGUCAGCUCCCAUUUUUAGUCAUUUUCUGUGUAUUUUAAAAAUAGGACUGGGACACAAAAGACACCAGUUUAGAUAUAAGUUACGUGUAGUUAAAAGUUGCUGUGUAAAUGUGGUAAUUGCGGGGUGGUGGGAAAUCCUAGUUUUUAAAUAUGGAUCUGCUGUUAGGUGAUGGGAAAUUUAAAGCUGUCAGUAUUGUUGGGAUUGUUUCAGACUUUAACACUGUUCCCCUGAUGGGGUUAUUUGUCCUUGGGUUAAAGGGUUGAGAAUCGUGCCAAAUGGGAUAACAUUGACGGUCGACUACCAGGGGAGAAGCACAGGGGAGGCCUUCGUGCAGUUUGCUUCAAAGGAGAUAGCAGAAAAUGCUCUGGGGAAACACAAGGAGAGAAUAGGGCACAGGUGGGGAUGGACAGACUGGGAUGGUGAAUCUGUCUUUUAUUUUUGGGCUCCAUUUUGGUGGGAGGGGGGUGUGAUGAUUAAACUAUCUUCCAGUCAAUGUUAAGCAAUAAAAUGUAUUUUACUUUUUGUUUUUGUUUUGCUUUAAAUUUUAUUUUGUUUUUCUUCUUUAUCAAAAUUGAUCAGUAUUUGUAAACUUUACUUUGAUUAACAUGAUAAAAAAAGUGUUUGGUUUUAUUUUGUGUUUAAUUGCAAUGAAAUUCUGAUAUUCCUUUUCUAUAAACUUUUGCGUAGAUAUAUUGAGAUAUUUAAGAGUAGUCGAACUGAGAUCCGAACAUCUUAUGAUCCUCCAAGGAGAAUGCUAGGUCAGCGUCCUGGCCCCUAUGACCGGCCAAUGGCAGGUGGUGGUCGUGGAGCUUAUUAUGGCACUGGUGCUGGGCGUGGGAAUAUUUAUGACCGAAUGCGUGGCGGCGGAGGUGGUGGAUAUGGAGGUGGUAAGUUGUCUUCUAUUCUGCAUUUUAUCGUGUCAAAUAUAAUUUGCAUCCUUAAAGGGACAGUAUAGUCAUAAACUCUAAUCUUACUUAAUGAAGCUGUUUGUGUAUGGAUCCUGCCUCUGAAGUUUCACUGCUCAAUUAUGUUUAGGAGUUAAAAAAUUGGUUUAUUUUUAUGCAGCCCUAGUCUCACCUCCUCUGGCUGACUAACUCAAGCUGCGUGAAAACAAAAUGGUUUCUUUUUCAAUCGCUCGUAUCUCUAAAAGUUUUUAUAGCCAGCUCUGUAAAUUGAACUUUAAUUACAUAAUGGAGCCUCUGACCUGGUCUAGUAAGCUAUGAAUAGAGCAGGAGAUAAGAAUCAAAACUUAAUUUGCAAUGGAGGAAGUUUAAACAGCUGACUCUUCACGGGAAGUGUAUAGGGAGACUGUUCACAUGCAAAUAGGAGUGACUAGGACUGCAUAAAAACAAGUUUGACCCCUAAAUAGCAGUUAAUUAAGCAGUGAGGCUGCAGAUAUGAUUUAUAUACUAAAAAACUAAGGUUGUUUUGCUGUCCCUUUAAAGUAUUGUCUAUUUGGCAUUGGCCACGUUCUGUAUGUAUAAUGAAACUGAAGGCUCACUCUCUUUUAGUCCAGUGGAGAGCUGCCCUCAUGCUUAUAUGGAGCUAAUGCAAAAUCAAAGCUAUUGAGAUCUUUGACUUCUGAUGGAUUUUUUUUUUUUUUCCUUCCCCUUACUCUUUAGGUUAUGGUGGCUUUGAUGAAUUCAGUGGUUAUAACAACUAUGGCUAUGGAACAGAUGGUUUUGAUGACCGACUUAGAGAGGGGAGAAGUAAGGCUUUGUUUUAAUUUUUUUUUUUUUAUUAUUUUUUUUUUUUUUAGGCUUUCAACAAAACCAUUUUUAAGCUCCACAGGAGAAUAAUCAAUUUUUGCUUCCCUAUCCAGGCAUUGCACAGGCUUACAGUGGUGGUGAUGGAGCAACAGGAUUUCACAGUGGGCACUUUGUUCACAUGAGAGGACUACCAUUCCGUGCUACAGAAAGUGACAUUGCUAGUGUAAGUAUUAGUGGUUAGGUUGUACUUUAUGGACUCCUAAUUACUAUAGUGUAAAUAUGUAGCUUUAUUCCCCAUGUUGUGCAUGUUGCUAUAUGUGCAACAAAACAAACUGUUUAUAAUUCAGUUUAUAGUAAUGUCCUCUAGUCUUAAAAUGUUUCUCCUUUUUUAUGCAGUUCUUUUCUCCUCUGGCACCAAUCAGAGUUCACAUAGACAUUGGUGCAGAUGGAAGAGCAACAGGAGAAGCAGAUGUAGAAUUUGCCACACAUGAGGAUGCAGUAGCAGCAAUGUCUAAAGACAAAAAUAACAUGCGUAAGUACCUCACUUUAAGAAAAGGUUUGGUUUUUCUGUGAAAUCGUAGACAAAGCUGGGUAAUGAGAAUCUUUAUCUGUAUAUUUAUAUAUAUAUUUUAUUUUUUUUUCCACCCCUUUGUAUAGAACAUCGAUACAUUGAGUUGUUCCUGAAUUCAACAGCUGGUGGUGGCACAGGAAUAGGUUGUUAUGGCAGAGAAGCACUAGGUAUGCAAUUUAAUGAUCAUGUGUUGCUUCUCAGUCUCAUUACUCGAUUGUCCUUUCAGACCUGGAACCAUACUGUGUAAAAAUACUUGCAUGUUUUUUUAGUUCUGUAAACUUUAUUCUUUCCACAGAUGGCACUGGUUAUGGUGCUGUGAGCAGAAUGGGUAUGACUGGCAACUACAGUGGGUGUUAUCCAAAUCCUGAUGGCUUAGGUGGCUAUGGUUAGUAUAAAUAUGCUGACUUGUGUUUUUCAUAUUCUCUGCCUGUAUAUUGGGCAGAAGUAAUUUCAGGGUGGGGGUAUGCUAACUGGUUAAGUACAUUCAGACUCAGAUUUUAAAAUGUGCAACUAUAAAUUUCCUUUUUUUUUUUUUCCCUUUAUAUUCCCAUUUUCACCAGGAAGGGGCAGUACUGGAAACAGUGGCGGCUACUAUGGCCAGCAUGAGAGCAUGGGCGCAGCUGGAUGGCGUGGGAUGUAUUAGUAAAUGAUUUCGUUAUCUAAAGCAAGUUGUGGAAGAAAACAGUUGUUUUUUUAUUUUUAAUUACAUUUUGUGUUUAAACUUUGUAUGGACUUGAGGAAUAUGUUCUUAAAAUUUUAGUGGACGGAGUACAGUGGACAUUGUUAACUGUAGAAUUUCAUUUGUUCAAAUGCAAGAGUUGACUUUGAAUAAAUUUUUUUAUAAUCUGAA